AUGAAGCUCCUGACAGCUGCCCUGGGCUUCUUGACCCUAGUCCUCCCCGUAGCAUUGGCUUCGCCACCUACUCACUACGACAACACGCUCAACCCCCCGAGGGCCGAUCCGCACAUCCUCAAGCACACGGAUGGAUGGUACUACUUUGUCGCGACAGUCGCCGAGUUUGACCGCGUCAUCAUCCGGCGGGCACUGACAAUACAGGAGCUCCAGAAGGCCGAGGAGACCACCAUGUUCCAAGAGUACGAGUCUGGCCGUGGCAGUGGUGAGGUCUGGGCACCGAAGCUUCACUACAUUGACGGCAAGUGGUAUGUCUACGUAGUCCUUGGGUUGGCCAAGGAAUGGUACUUCCGGGCGGCGGUGCUCGAGGGCCGAGGCGACAACCCCAUUGAGGCCGAGUGGACGGACCUUGGCGACAUCCAGACCGACUGGGACACCUUCUCGCUCGAUAUGACGACAUUCGAGGCCGGCGGGACACGCUAUGCCUACGAAGACCUCAUGGACAUGGCAGCGUGGACAAAGUCCCAGGAGCCUGUUUUUAAGAGUAACGCCGAGACGGUGCAGUACGGCCCGGUUCAUGAUUGCUUCACCUUGUCCGAGGAUGGACUCAGCGAUGUCAUGGUGUACCACAAUCGCUGGUACAAGGACAUCGACGGUGACCCGCUGGACGACCCAAAUCAUCGCACACGUGUCCAGAAAGUAUACUGGCGUGCCGAUGGGUCCCCGGACUUCAGAAUUCCAGUCCCAGAAGGUCGGACGCCAGCCCGUCUCCGGCUCGCUGCAGACGAAGACGCAGUGUACUACGUGCACGGUACUAGCAAGGGAGAGGCGCUCAAUGCUGUCGACGAGGCUGGUAGGCCGUCGCUGGCUGAGGCGCAGUUCCGCAUCGUGAGGCCUGGGCUGGCAGGCAGCGGCACGGCCGAUGACGGAUCCGACGGUUUCAAGGGUGAUGCGAGCUUCGAGCAGCAAGAUUGCCUAUCAGACCCUGAGGGUGUCUUGUUCAGAGUCGCCAGUGGCGAGAAACAUGUCAGAUUUAGCAGCGACAGUGCGCUGGUCGUCGGGGACGUGGCCGGCGGGCAGGAGGGACAAUCGAAAUUCUUCUUGGAGUAG